AUGGAGCUCAAGGGGAAGGUAGCCCUCAUCACCGGCGCCGCGGCCGGCAUUGGCCUCGCUUACAGUCAGGAGCUGCUCAAACAAGGAGCAAAGGUUGCGAUUUGUGAUAUCGACUCUGAAAUUGGCGAGCAAGUGGUCGAUGAUCUAGGCUCCAAGUAUGGACGGAAGAACGUACUGUUUUGCCGCUGUGACGUCACCGACUAUCCCCAAUACGAGGAGGCGUUCGAGAUGACAAUGGAAGUAUUUAAUCGCUUGGAUAUAGUGAUCAACAACGCAGGAGUAAUGAACGACCGAUUCUGGGAAUUGGAGGUUGACGUUAAUUUAAACGGCGUGAUACGUGGUACUCUGCUGGCUUAUCGCUUCAUGAGUAAGGACCGCGGCGGCCAGGGCGGCACCAUCGUGAACACGGCGUCCACUGCAUUCACCAGACCUCAGGUCUCCACGCCCAUCUACACGGCCACUAACUACGCCAUCGUGGGGUUGACCAGGGCUUAUGGAGAUCAAUACCACGUGAAUCUGACUGGUGUGCGGAGUAUGGUGAUUUGCCCCGGCCUAACCGACACUGGUCUCGUCAAGGAGAUCCGUAAGCAGCUCAUGUCGUCAGAGUACGAGGCCGCUUGGCAGAGGGAUAAUGCUAGCUGCAAAAUACAGAGCUCUGAGCACGUCGGCCGCGCGUUAGUGGAAAUCUUGGCAAAGGGUCAGAGUGGCUCUGUAUGGAUCGUGGACAAUGGCACACCAGCGCGGGAGUGGCGUGGUUAA